GUAUAAUCACUUGAACGAUUAAAUCCAUAUAAUUAAAGUAAUACGCAAUAAUGUCUUUAUCAAGGCCGGUUUUAAAUCUUUUAGGAACAUACUUUGAGCAAUUAUUUAAUCAUCCGAUUAGAACAAAAUCUUUAACAGCUUGCGUUUUAGCUUCAUCAGCAAAUAUUGUAUCUCAAAAACUAUCAUCAAGUAAUUCAAUUAAUUACAAAAAUGUCAGUGCAUACGCACUAUUUGCACUACUUUUUGGAGGCACAGUACCACAUUAUUUUUAUACAAUUAUAGAGAAUACGUUACGAAAAGAUUUCAGACUUCGAAAAUAUUUAAUAUUCGCAUGUGAACGAUUAAUGUUAACACCAACUAUGGUAACACUUUCGCUGUAUUUUUUAUCCAGAUUUGAGGGUGCUGAUCAUAAGACGUCCGAGGAUAAAACUAAAAAAUUAUUCAUGAGUAUUUUAACCGCCAAUUGGAUGUUCUUAUCAAUUCCAUCAUUUUUAAAUAUUUAUUUUGUGCCACCAAUGUUACGAGUUUUGAUGACAAAUAUAAUCGCAUUCGUUUGGAUUAUAUAUGUUUCGAAGAAAAGAGCUAAGAAGCAAAAUGAUUCGGCAAAAGAUUAAAUUCCGAUUAUUCUGAGUAAAAUGUGAUAAGAUAUAUUUUAAUAUUUUUAAACGUCAUGUAAAUUACGGAUAUUAGCAUACUAUGUAUCUUCAUACACACUAUAUGUAUAAAUAAUAAGUAAUUGUUUGUCAUGUACAUGCGGAUAUUAUUAAGUAUGGGUGUAUGUAUUAUAAGGGAAUUUGAAUAAAUUUUACAUUAAUCUAU